GUGGAUACCUACGCAAGGUUCGUCGGAGGUUACGUCUAAAUUAAUUGACUUCUCAGGCCCUGGGCUUAGCUUGUCUACCUAAUCUUAGGUAAUAUCAUUAUUCAAAUCUCGUCGUUUUCCAGUUUUCCAUGCUAAUUUCUGUUAAGCCAAUCCUAAUAAAAAUUGAUAGUCGUUAGUCACAUUUUCGUUUUCUUUGCUUAGAAAAUCCCAACCGAUAUUCUAUAUUCGAAACUGCCUAGGCUUUCGCCGUACAUACGCGACGAAUAACGCCUUGCUAACAGUGUUGGAACUACUCCGUGUCUCUACUACGCUGCGCUGCUGGCUGCCGGGGUUCCUACGACUCCACCCCAAGUUUCUGUCGAUCAAUGAACAGCUCCUCAUGACUUGUCUAUCUACCUAAUUGAAUUACUCGCUUUUAUCGUGAGGUGCUCCUCAUGUACUUGCUUCGAAAGGUAUCCGAUGAAUCCAUUCGCGACCAGCGCUCACGGACGAACUAGCCCUAAUUGGCGCGACCCAAUAACUAGCCGACCGAGAAUAACACUUCCGAACCUACUAUAAAACUUAUACCGAUAUUGUUGCCGUGAAUUUCGACCGCCGCCGCCUGGCAAGGCGCGAAUAUCGAUCUCCCCGAUCGGAAGAACCGAAGUCAAUAUGAGUUUGGCCAUGGACGACGCGACAGAUGACCACAAGGGCGGGUCGAAUCUGGGCAACUGGAGCUCACUCAUUGGUAUCAUAACGGCGAUAUCAGGCAACGUCCUAAUUGCCCUAGCGCUCAAUGUUCAGAGGUACUCGCAUAUCCAGCUCCAUCGGCGACGGAGAGAAGCGCGGGAUCGGGCAAGGGAAGCACUAAAAAGAGCCCGAAAUGCCCCUCGUAAUGGGUAUGGGUCGCUUGAUGCGCCUAGUCGCGAUGGACAACACGACGAUGACGAUGAGGUCGAUGCGACCGAGACGCACCCACUCGCGCAUUCAAUACAAUCGGUAGACUCGAACGUCACAGAUGGAUCGUGUGGAGAUACCAAAGUUGCCUCGACAUAUUUGAAGUCACCUUCUUGGUGGUUAGGUCAAGUCUUGAUGACCAUUGGAGAGAUGGGCAACUUUUUAGCCUAUGGUUUCGCGCCAGCUUCAAUCGUGUCGCCUCUAGGAGUUGUGGCUCUUAUCUCGAAUUGUAUCAUUGCGCCGAUGUUUUUUGGUGAAGAAUUCCGGAAACGUGACUUUUGGGGUGUUGUGAUCGCUGUUGCUGGUGCUGUUACGGUCGUAUUAAGUGCGAAGCAAGAAGAGACUAAGUUGGAUCCUCAUGAUGUUUGGGAUGCCAUCACCACGUUGGAAUUUGAAGUGUAUAUGGGAAUCUCUAUUUUUCUCAUCAUCCUUUUGAUGUGGGCGAGUCCUAGAUAUGGCAACAGGACGAUUUUGAUUGAUCUCGGUCUUGUUGGCCUAUUCGGUGGUUAUACCGCUCUGACAACCAAAGGUGUCUCUUCUAUGCUUUCUUCGACGCUUUUCAAGGCAUUUACUACACCAGUAACCUAUGGUUUAAUCAUUGUCUUACUUGUGACCGCUGUUAUGCAAGUUCGAUACGUAAAUAAAGCGCUACAACGGUUCGAUUCGACCCAAGUUAUACCCAUUCAGUUUGUCCUAUUCACUUUAUCCGUAAUUAUCGGAAGUGCCAUUUUGUACCGGGAUUUUGAACGCACAACCGGACAGCAGGCUGCUAAAUUCGUUGGCGGCUGCCUCCUCACCUUUUUCGGCGUAUUCCUCAUCACUAGUGGACGUACGCGGCGGGACGAUGAAGACGAGUUCCUGGAUGGUGAUAACGAGGAGACUAUUGGCCUCCGAGACCAAGAUACAUCCGGCCCAUACAAUAAUCGGGGCGAACAACCUAGAUCAGAUCAACAACCUCUACAGCCAACGUCGGCUCGGUCAUCGAGACGUUCAUCGCGUGCUUCCCGGAUUGGCUUGAUAGAUACGAGUAUUAAGCCUAUAAGGGGCAGUCGAGCUCCUUCGACCCGCAGGCCUGACCCGUCGGCUUCAAGAACAUCUCUUCAAACACCAACUGGAACUUCACCACUCCUCGAUAAUCCAUGGAGAAAUUCCUUAGACGAUGACCCCCAUCCAGGACUACCGUUAAGAUCGUCAGCGGAUAGUGUCCCUACGAUAUACUCGGUAGCUUCUGUUGCCAUAUCAGAGCCCCUUCAAUCAAAUGCAAGCCUCCCACAAACAGUUGUUCCACCACCCUCCCCAGACCGACCCACGACCCCACGCGCUUCUCAAGGUUCUAGGCCACACAGCCACCACUUUUCCAACGCCUUCAUCUCGCCAUCGCCGUUGUCGUCCACUGUCAGCGCAGUAGUAGCAGACGCUCUCCUACGUGGCGAGGAAAGCCCAAGCGGCCGAAGAAGGUCCUUAAGGCGAGCGACAAGACCUAGUAUUAGAUCGAGCCUAUUCGUUUCGCAGAGCGAGGAUGAUAUCCCGACUGUUGAACCACUUAUCCGCGAGGACGAAGACGACGAGGAAAUUCCCUAUCGGGAUGAACCCUCGCCAAUCGAUUAUAAAACAGCUCGGGGACGAGCGCGCAGCUUGAGCAGCGCAUUAGGAGAUUUCUUCAAACGGAAAAAGCGGAGAAGGGGAUCAGAUCCGGAACCAGGCAUAGUUCGCGACAGUCAAGGUGACGAGAAUUCGCAGCCUGACCGGUCCGCCGACCAAUAAUUGAACCUCUGUAAUUGGAUUUGUUUGCGACAUUAUGUUUGAUAAUGGCGUUUUAUAAACGUGUCGAAGAGGGAUCCUCCUCUUCCGGGCGAAGUGUGGAGUAGCAUUGCAUUGGAUAGGAGUUCCGGGGUGUUUUUCUAUGUCUUGGUGAUGCUGCGAAAAGCGUGGCUCUGUUCAUCAUACCCAGCUCGUAUAGGACUGAUUACUGUUUCUAUAACUCAUAUAGAUCUUUUAUUAAAUGUUAAUUGGAAAUAUUUCUUCUGUUCAA